AUGUUCGCCUUCCAGCUGUCUCCGUCUUCCAACCCACGCACUCCCGACAGCAAACUUCUCAAAGCACCUGCAAUCAAAUCCACCUACCUCAAAGUCUCCAGUCACCAUAAGCAGCCAAGGGGGUCCAGAGCAUCGAUUGUCGGAAUGCCUUUCUCCGAACUCCUCCUCAAAGGCGUCAAGCUUACAGCUAGAGGAGCCGGCUUGGUCGCAGUGGUCGCGGUGGUCAACAUUGUACCAGCCGCCGCCUACGAGCGCUCUGGGUGGAUGACUCAGAAGGAUCUCGAGCGAAACAUCAAGGCGCAGCAGAGCCGUCCAGGCACCUGA